AUGCUUCGAUGCGCUUCGAUCUGUCAUUGGCUCGCUUCGUGCAUCCUCGCAGUCUCGUCUAAAAGACUGCCUGGAGCGGACCGGAUGCACGACAAAUACCAUGUUCGGCCAUUCCACAUCGAUCUGUCUAGGGGCGUACCAAGAAUGCUCGAUCUUGUUCAGAAUACCCAUCUUCCUAAGGAACCAGAGUAUCCCGGCCUUGGAGACUCCGCUGGCAUUGAUCUUGACGUGUUGAAAGGCAUGCGGGAACAAUGGUUAACCACGUUUGACUGGAACAAGGAACAAGAGAGCCUGAACGAAUUCAAGCACUAUGCAGCCGUGAUCGAAGGCCUCACGAUUCACUUCAUCCACGAGACGUCGAAUGAACCUGGAGCAAUUCCCUUGAUACUGAAUCAUGGAUGGCCAGGGUCCUUUCUGGAAUUCGUCCCACUGAUCGAGGAUCUGAAAUCGCACGGUAAGACAUCGACAGGCAAGGACGUCUCUUUCCACGUUGUCAUACCAUCGUUGCCAGGCUUUGCCUUCUCCUCAGCUCCGCCAGUCAACUGGACUGUUCACGACACUGCAAGAGUGUACAACACUCUGAUGACAGAAGUGCUGGGCUACGAGACGUUCGCCACAUUUGGCACAGAUUGGGGAGGCGCUCCGUCAUACAGUCUUUACAACAACUUCAACAAGACGACUCGAGCAGCUCACUUCGCCUUCAUACCCUUUCUGCCUCUCACGUCAGAGCAGCUCGCAGUUAAGAACAUCACCCUUGAUCCUUUGGAGACUUUCGAGCAAGCAGGACUUGAAGCUUGGUAUGGCACCGGCAGUGCUUACUUGGAGGAGCAGACGACGAAGCCGAACACAAUUGGCCUUGCUCUCUACGACAAUCCUGUCGGCCAGCUUGCAUGGAUUGGCGAGAAGUUCAUCAACUGGUCCGAUCCGAGGCAAGGCACGGCUCCUUCAGUCGUGACGCACAACGAGAUCCUGCGCUCAGUCUCUUUGUACUACCUUACCAAGUCUUUUGUGUCCUCAGUCUUCAUAUACUUUCAAAACGCAGCGACCGGUUUCUCAGCCGACUACACUAAGGCGAAGACGGACGCACCCUUGCUUUUCAGCGCUUUCAAGUACAACGUCGCUUUUUGGCCUCCCGAGAUGGUGGCGAGAGUUGGGAACCUUGUCUACUACAAGAAUCAUGACUUUGGCGGACAUUUCCCAGGCGUCGAUAAUCCACCUGCGCUACUGGCAGACUUGAGGGAGAUUGGGACGCACUGGAGCGACUGA